AUGGCAGUGAAGGAAAUUAACAAAACAAGGAUCCAAAAUAGUUCUCAACAUCAACAAGAAGAAGGGUGUGAUCCUUGCAAAUCUUUUGGCCAAAAGUGCAGUCACUUGGUCAAGAAACAGCGUGCAAAAUUCUACAUUCUUCGCCGGUGUAUCGCGAUGCUGUUAUGUUAUCAUGAACGUUCUGAGCACUGA